AUGACCCUGGCGAUUCCGGGACACGAGCCCCCGUGCGCCCUACUCACCGGAAGGAACACGUUUUUGUUUCGUAGGUUCGACAGCGUCAACCCUCACCGAGAGCUGGACGCCAGGCACACGGAGAUCCGACAGAUGGAGCUGACCCUGGCCUCCAUCUGGGAGUCUGCUGCCUUGUUUGAGGUCAGCAUUCCCAACUACAAGCAGCUGAACCAGUGCAGGCGGGAAGUCUGCCUGCUGAAGGAGCUCUGGGACACGAUAGGGAUGGUCACCUCCAGCAUCCAUGCCUGGGAGACGGCCCCGUGGAGGGAGGUCAACGUGGAGGCCAUGGACCGGGAGUGUAAACGGUUCGCCAGGUGCAUCCGGAACCUGGACAAGGAGGUCAGGGCCUGGGACGCGUUCGCGGGCCUGGAGAGCACCGUGUCGGACGCUCUGAGCUCCCUGCGGGCGGUGGCCGAGCUGCAGAGUCCGGCCAUCCGGGAGCGGCACUGGAGGCAGCUGGUGCAGGCCACGGGCGUGAGCUUCGCCGUGGACGAGGGCACCACCCUGGCAGACCUCCUGCGGCUCCAGCUGCACCAUUUUGAGGACGAGGUGCGGAGCAUCGCGGACAAGGCCGUGAAAGAGAUGGGCACGGAGGAGACCUUGACGGAGCUGUGCGCCACCUGGGCCGGCCUGGAAUUCCGGUACGAGCCCCACCCGCGGACCGGCGUCCCCCAGCUGCGGUCGGACGAGGACCUCCUCGAGCUCCUGGAGGACAACCAAGUCCAGCUGCAGAACCUGAUGACGUCCAAGCACGUUGCCUUCUUCCUGGAGGAGGUGUCCGGCUGGCAGAAGAGGCUGUCCACGGCCGACGCCGUCAUCUCCACCUGGUUCGACGUGCAGCGCACGUGGUCUCACCUGGAAAGUAUAUUCAUGGGAUCCGAAGACAUCCGGGCUCAGCUGCCCCAGGUACCUGCUAAGGAAAUCCCGCUCGCUCUGCUCCCUUACCCGAGUCGAGGGAGGCGCCCCCCGUCUGCGCGGUCCUCUAGACCCUGUCCUCCUCUGCCUGGCCUUGCCUCCGCUCGAAGGCACCUGCAACGAACAUCGGCCUCCCAAGCCGCCACAAGUCAGGCAGAGGGAAAGAGAGAAGGGGAAAUGCACACCGAUCAGUGUGUCCCUGGAUGGCUGGGAAAAAGAAAGGAGGGUUGAUUGGUGUUGUUCUAACGUGUAUUUAAGAAAGGAGAUGGAGGGGCGCCUGGGUGGCUCGGUCGGUUAAGCGUCCGACUUCGGCUCAGGUCAUGAUCUCGCGGUCCGUGAGUUCGAGCCCGGCGUCGGGCUCUGUGCUGACCGCUCGGAGCCUGGAGCCUGUUUCGGAUUCUGUGUCUCCCUCCCUCUCUGCCCCUCCCCUGCUCAUGCUCUGUCUCUCUCUGUCUCAAAAAUAAACGUUGAAAAAAAGAAAGAAAGGAAAUGGAGACUAUCAGCUCCUGAAGUUUGGGAUGAGCCAGUCACGAGCCGCUCCACAAUUACAGUGCAGUUGUCAACUGGGAGUGAGCAUUUGUUUCCGGGCAAAUUCAAGUUCCUUCUUGAGCCGUGAGGCACCCUGCAGACCUCUGGCCUGUACCGCCUGCGAAACACCAGUCUGCAGCUAAAUCCUCAGCAGCGAACUUCUCUGAACUAUACAUUCUUCUCAUUACUACCUUCCCUGUGGUUGAUUGCCCCUUCUAAUUUGUCUUAAUUAAUGUGCCAUUAACUUACCCACCUCUCAGUGGAUUCAUAUUCAUUGGAUUUUUUUUUUGCAGAGUUCUCUGUUUCUCUGUACCCCCUCAGCACAGAAAGCUUUUUGCCUACAAAUCAGUUUGUUUCCAAAACGUCACGCAUUGUGCAGACCUCCCUUAAAAGUUGAAGCGCCCCCCCCGUCAAAACUUUGUAUUUUUCCAGCUCGCCCCUCAAAAAGCAUAUCUAAUGUCCGACUGCAGAUGGAAGGUUGUACAUGCAGAACGAAAGACAGCAGAAAACUGGGGCGCCUGGGUGGCUCAGUCGGCUCAGGGCACGAUCUCGCGGUUCAUGAGUUCGAGCCCCGCGUCGGGCUCUGUGCCGACAGCUCGGAGCCUGGAGCCCGCUUCGGAUUCUGUGUCUCCCUCUGUCUCUGCCCCUAACCCACUCACGUUCUGUCUGUCUCUCUCAAAAAUAAAUAAAUAAACAACAACAACAAAAAUUUUUUUUUAAAUAAAAAAACAGAAAACAAUUCUGAUAGGUUGUCAUCAGGCCACAUGGAAUAAGCCAGAUUUUCUUUCUCUGCAGUGCUCAUGACUGGAGAAGAGCAGGUUUAAUUGGGGGGGGGGGCGGGGCAUGGAAAUCAGUGGAGACUUUGGUAGAGACUCUGAGGAGACAUCUGAGAACUCCCAACUAUGCACCAGAAAGAAUUGGUGUCAUUAACUUCUCAGUGGCAAGGGUUUGUGUGUGAAGUAUGCGAACACAUUUAAUUUUUUUUUUUUUGUAUUAACAGUGCAAUAACAGAGACAAUUUGAAAACAUGAUAAAACCGGUCAUAAUCUUACACCCUAACUAGUAACUAUUUUCAUUCAUUAGAAACAUUUCCCAACUUGGCUUGACACACACAGGCAUUUCUGUACAGUUGCCCUCUGCAGGAUAUCAAUUUUCUUUCCAGCUCUUUCCAUGGGAGCACUCGUGCUCCGUACUUCAUACUUCUGAUGAAACCUCGAGACUUCCGCACCUCUCACGGGAACAAGAUACCUCACUGAGCAAACAUAUUGUCCCCAGCCCCCCUAUUUCUAAAUCUUCUUGGAGAGGGGUGUGGAUUGAAGAUGUUCGGAGCAGACCCAGGUGGGCGGGGCAGGCUGAGUUUCAGCUCUGUCUCUUGGAGCUGUGGGAUCUUGGGCAAGUUGCUUAACCUCCCUGUGCCCUGGUUUCCUCCCGCGAACUGGGACAAAUACUAGAACCUACUUCAGGGAUGUAACUGAACAGUGCACACAGCAUAUACCGUUGUGAUCGUUGCCGUGUAAUAAAAAUACCACAAGCUCUCGCCAGGUGCCAGGUGUUGAGCUAAACUCUGCACAUAUUAUUGUCUCGACCAUGUCAGUGAUGUUCCUCACUGUGUGUGUUUGAAGGACACAGUGGUAACUGAUUCGUUUGACCUCACGUUUGCCGAAGAACGUCUUACUUUGGUUACGUAAACUUUAGCACGGACCCAGGGAAGGCAGUGGACCCGCCCGCCGUCCACCUGAUGUAGGAAGUGUGUGUUUUAUGCCGACGGUUCUCAAAGUAUGGUCUGGGGACACUGACCUUUGUAGGGGAUCCUCAGGGUCAAAGCUGUCUUAAGAAUAGCGCUAAGAUGCUGUUUUCCGCUCAGAUUUUCCCGGGCGCACACAGGAGUUCCCCAGAGGCUCUAUGAUACGUGACAUCACGACAGAUCGAAUGCAGAGCAGGAAAGAAAACCUGGUCACGUUCCAAGUCAGACAUUAACUUUGGGGAGGAAAAAACAAAAAAACAAUGUCACCUCCUCUCUAAGUUAUUUUGUUUUGGAAAAUACAAUUAUGUUAGAAGUAUAUUAUCAGGUUACCAUCAUGGGCUUAAUAUCAUUACUCUUCAAAUGAAUUAACAAAAUAUUUUUUCAAUCUGUCAACGUCAGCUUCCAACGGAGAAAACGCACUGAGGGCUAUAUUAGCCACAUACGCAAAAAGCUCUUUGCACUCCUCGCCGAUUUUUGCAAAACACAGAGGGAGGGAUUUUGUGGCCCAAAUGUGCAGGAACUUCUGUUUCAAGCCAAGAGUAUUUCCUUGUUGAAGUUUUUAGGGCCUCCCCCAAGGACCGGUUUCUGCUUCUGAAUUGCUGCAGAUGAGGGGACCUUCUUCGAGUCCAAGAAAGCAGUGGUGAAUUUCCCCCCACGUUUUUUUUUUAAUUUUUUUAACGUUUAUUUAUUUUUGAGACAGAGACAGAGCAUGAAUGGGGGAGGGUCAGAGUGAGGGAGACACAGAAUCUGAAACAGGCUCCAGGCUCUGAGCUGUCAGCACAGAGCCUGACGCAGGGCUCGAACUCACGGACCGCGAGAUCAUGACCUGAGCCAAAGUCAG